AUGGAACAAGUGGAAGUGAUAUCAUCAUCAUCAUCUUUAUCAAAUUUAUUUAAUAGUUGGAAUUAUAUUAAUCAUCUUCCAUUAUUAUCUUCCUUAUCACAAUCGAGUACAACUUUUGAUGAAUUUGUAAGCAACAACAAUAGUUCAUCUCGACAUUUGGAUUUACAAGGAUGGUUGAGUUGUAAUACUCAAGAAGAUGGUUGGGGUCCUUUAUCUUCAACAUAUAAUGAUUUGACUCCUUGUUUUUUACAAGGAGGGUUAUUUGGUGUAUCAGCAAUUUUAAUGAUAUUAAUUGGAAUUUAUCAAAUUUCUUAUCUUAGAAAUAAAAAAAUAACUGUUGGUAAUAGAAUUAAUUGGAAUUUUUAUUUGAAAUUAUUUUUAAUUUUAAUUCAAAUUUUUUUCCAAAUAGGAUUAAUUUUUGUAUUUAAUAAUGAUAUUGGUAUAAUUAAAUUUUCUUUAAUUCUUAAUUCAAUUGCUACAAUAGUUGCCUUUGGUAUUCAUUAUUUAGAACAAUUCAAAUCGACUAUUCCUAAUGGAAUAUUAUUAUUUUAUUGGUUAUUUCAAGUUAUUUUAAAUUUGGCAAGAAUUGGUAAUCUUUAUUUAAGAGAUAAUAUCAAUAAUUUAUUUGGAAAUUUUGUCAUUUUAUCAACAAUUAAUUCUUUUAUUAUAUUGAUUGUGGAAAUUCUGAUUCCAAUACAACCAUUAAAUAAUUAUUAUAGAUUUUUAAAAGAAUCUCCAUUUGAUCAAGCAAAUGUUUUUUCAAGAAUUACAUUUGAUUGGAUGGGGGCAUUAAUGAAAAAAGGUUAUCAUAAAUAUUUAACUGAAAAAGAUUUACCUCCAUUACCUAAAUCUUUAAAAGCUAAUAAAACUACCAAAGAUUUUGAUCAUUAUUGGAAUUCUCAAUCUACUAAUAAUAAAUCAUUAACUUUGGCUAUUGCUCAAGCAUUUGGUGGUCAAUUUUUAUUGGGUGGGGUUUUCAAAGCUGCUCAAGAUGCAUUAGCUUUUGUUCAACCACAAUUGUUACGUUUAUUAAUUAAAUUUGUUAAUGAUUAUUCUCGUUCAGUAGAAAAAGGUGAUCCUUUACCUUUAACUCGUGGUUUAAUGAUUGCUGUUUCGAUGUUUAUUGUUUCUGUGGUACAAACUGCAUCUUUACAUCAAUAUUUCCAAAGAGCUUUUGAUUUAGGAAUGAAGAUUAAAUCAUCAUUGACAUCAGUUGUUUAUAAUAAAUCUUUAGUAUUAUCAAAUGAAUCGAAACAAGAAUCUUCCACUGGUGAUAUUGUUAAUUUAAUGUCAGUUGAUGUUCAAAGAUUACAAGAUUUGGUACAAAAUUUACAAAUCAUUUGGUCGGGUCCAUUUCAAAUCAUUUUAUGUUUAUAUUCAUUACAUGAAUUAAUUGGUAAUGCCAUGUGGGCUGGAGUAGCCAUAAUGAUAAUUAUGAUUCCUUUAAAUGCUAUCAUUGCUAGAACUCAAAAAAAAUUACAAAAAACACAAAUGAAAUAUAAAGAUGAAAGAUCAAGAUUAAUUAAUGAAAUUUUAAAUAAUAUAAAAUCAUUAAAAUUAUAUGGUUGGGAACAACCUUAUUUAAAACAAUUAAAUUAUGUUAGAAAUGAAAAAGAAUUGAAAAAUUUGAAAAAAAUGGGGAUUUUUAUGGCUUCAUCUAAUUUCACUUGGAAUUUAGCUCCAUUUUUGGUUAGUUGUUCUACAUUUGCCGUAUUUUUAUGGACUCAAAAUAAAACUUUAUCAAGUGAUUUGGUUUUCCCAGCAUUAUCUUUAUUUAAUCUUUUAUCUUUCCCAUUAGCUGUUGUUCCUAUGGUUAUUACCAAUGUUGUUGAAGCUCAAGUUGCUAUUAGUAGAUUAACUAAAUUUUUAACUGGAUCAGAAUUACAAAAUGAUGCAGUUAUUAAAUCACCAAAAGCUAAAAAUAUUGGUGAUACUGCUGUUUCUAUUAAAAAUGGGACAUUUUUAUGGUCAAAAGUAAAAGGUGAACAAAAUUAUAAAGUUGCUCUUUCUAAUAUCAAUUUAACUUGUAAAAAGGGGAAAUUAGAUUGUAUUGUUGGUAAAGUUGGUUCAGGUAAAUCAUCUAUUAUUCAAGCCAUUUUGGGUGAUUUAUAUAAAUUAGAUGGUGAAGUGAAUUUACAUGGUAAAGUGGCAUAUGUUUCUCAAGUACCUUGGAUUAUGAAUGGUACCGUUAAAGACAAUAUUUUAUUUGGUCAUAGAUAUGAUCCACAAUUUUAUGAUAUUGUAUUAAAAGCUUGUGCUUUAACAGUUGAUUUAAGUAUUUUGCCUAAAGGAGAUAAAACUGAAGUUGGUGAAAAAGGGAUUUCACUUUCUGGUGGUCAAAAGGCAAGAUUAUCAUUAGCAAGAGCAGUUUAUUCUCGAGCAGAUGUAUACUUGUUGGAUGAUCCAUUAAGUGCUGUUGAUGAACAUGUAGGUAAACAUUUGACUGAUCAUGUUUUAGGACCAAAUGGAUUACUUAAAUCUAAAUGUAAGAUCUUGGCCACCAAUAAUAUUAAAGUUUUAAGUAUUGCUGAUACUUUGAAUUUGGUUAGUGAUGGAAGAUUAGUGGAACAAGGAAGUUAUGAUGAUAUUAUGAAACAAGAAUCUAGUAAAAUCCGUCAAUUAAUUGAAUCUUUUGGUAAGAAAAAAGAUGAUUCUCCAACUCCUACUCCUUCAACUCAAAUUGAUAAUGAAGCCACCAAUGAUGAAAUCAAGGUUAAAGAUGAUAUUAAUUUAGAUGAUUUGGAUUCAGAAUGUGAUUUAGAAGUUGAAAGUUUAAGAAGAGCUUCAGAAGCUUCUUUAGUUGUUGAUGAAGAACGUCAACUUGGAUCAAAUGCAUCACAACCUGAAGAAGAAGAAGAAGAAGAAGAAGAAGAAGAAGAUGAAGACACUAAAGCUAGAAAAGAACAUCUUGAACAAGGUAAAGUCAAAUGGGAAGUUUAUCGUGAAUAUGCUAAAGCAUGUGGUCCUAUCAAUGUGGUUAUUUUCUUAGGGUUUGCCCUUGGGUCUUAUUUGGUUAAUGUUGCCUCGACAUUUUGGUUAGAACAUUGGUCAGAAAUCAAUACCAAAUAUGGUUAUAAUCCUGAUGUUGGUAAAUAUCUUGGGAUUUACUUUUUAUUAGGUAUUGGAUAUUCAUUAGCUUCUUUGAUUCAAAAUACUUAUCUUUGGAUAUUUUGUACUAUUCAAGGUUCGAAAAAAUUACAUAAUAGUAUGGCUGUUAGUGUUCUUAGAGCCCCCAUGACUUUUUUCGAAACUACUCCAAUUGGUAGAGUUUUGAAUAGAUUUUCUAAUGAUAUUUAUAAAGUUGAUGAAGUCAUUGGUAGAGUUUUCAACAUGUUUUUCAGUAAUUCUAUUAAAGUUUUCCUUAGUUUGGUGGUUAUUUCAUUUUCUACUUGGCAAUUUGUAUUUUUUAUUUUGCCAUUAGGGGUCUUGUACAUUUAUUAUCAACAAUAUUAUUUAAGAACAUCUCGAGAAUUGAGAAGAUUAGAUUCAGUUUCUAGAUCACCAAUUUUUGCUAAUUUCCAAGAAUCUUUAACUGGGGUUUCCACCAUUAGAGCCUAUGGUAAAGAAGAAAGAUUUAAAUUUUUAAAUCAAUCAAGAGUCGACAAAAAUAUGAGUGCUUAUCAUCCUGCUAUUAAUGCCAAUAGAUGGUUAGCAGUUAGAUUAGAAUUUUUAGGUUCGAUCAUUAUAUUAGGAUCUGCUGGAUUAUCUAUUUUAACAUUGAAAACUGGUCAUUUGACUGCCGGGUUAGUUGGUUUAUCGGUAUCAUAUGCUUUACAAAUCACUCAAUCAUUGAAUUGGAUUGUUAGAAUGACAGUAGAAGUUGAAACCAAUAUUGUUUCUGUGGAAAGAGUUUUAGAAUAUUCUCGUUUGAAAUCUGAAGCUGCCGAGAUUAUUCCUGAUCAUAGACCACCACAAGAAUGGCCACAACGAGGAGAAAUCAAAUUUAUUGAUUAUUCAACCAAAUAUCGACCUGAAUUAGAUUUAGUAUUGAAAAAAAUUAAUUUAGAUAUUAAACCAAAAGAAAAAAUUGGUAUUGUUGGUAGAACUGGUGCUGGUAAAUCUUCCAUAACAUUAGCUUUGUUCAGAAUAAUUGAAGCUUUUGAUGGUAAUAUCAAUAUUGAUGGUAUAGAUACAUCAUCAAUUGGAUUAUAUGAUUUAAGACAUAAAUUAUCGAUCAUCCCUCAAGAUUCUCAAGUAUUUGAAGGUACAAUAAGAUCGAAUUUGGAUCCAACUGAUGAAUAUACUGAUGAUCAAAUUUGGAAAGCUUUGGAAUUAUCACAUUUGAAAGAUCAUGUUUUGAAAAUGUAUGAUCAAAGAGAAAGUGAUAAUGACAAUGACAAUGACAAUGACCAAAAUGACGAAGAAGGAGAUACAAAUUCAAAUACAAAUCCAUUAUUGGUUAAGAUAAGUGAAGGUGGAGCUAAUUUAUCUAUUGGUCAAAGACAAUUGAUGUGUCUUGGUAGAGUUUUAUUGAAAUUAAAUUAUUCCAAUAUUUUAGUAUUAGAUGAAGCUACUGCUGCUGUUGAUGUUGAAACUGAUCAAAUUUUACAAGAAACAAUUCGAAGUGAAUUUAAAGAUAAAACUAUUAUUACUAUUGCUCAUAGAUUGAAUACAAUUUUGGAUUCAGAUAGAAUAUUAGUUUUAGAAAAAGGUCAAGUUGCUGAAUUUGAUACUCCUUCAAAUUUACUUAAGAAGAAGGAUUCAUUAUUUUAUGCUCUUUGUGAACAAGGUGGAUUUAUAAAUGAUGAUGAAAUUAAAGUGGUAGAAGAGUUGAACUAA